CGUGAAUGGAUGGAUACGACCGAAUUCCUGGGGCGCGUGAAAUCGUGCUCCUCGCUCGCGAUGGCGCGCCAGCUCCACCAGCAGAUCCCCUGCAAGCCCAGCGAUGGCGCAUUCGUGUGGAACAAGCUGAUCGAGAUGUAUGGGCGCUGCGGGAGCGUCACGCACGCCCGCCAGGUCUUCGAGCUCAUGGGCGAUUCUCACGUCCGGGAUCUCUUCUCCUGGAGCGCGAUCCUCCAUGCCUACAUUCGAAACGGGCAUUUGGAGGAGGCCAAGGCGCUGUUCGAUUCCAUGGAUCGCUGGAACGUCGCCGUGUGCACGACGAUGAUCGUGGGCUUUGCCGCCGCGCGGAAGAUCGAGGCGGCGAGAGGGGUUUUCGAUUCGAUGCCGCUGCUCGACACCGCCGCGAUGAAUUCGAUGAUCUCCGCGUAUGCCCAGUGUGGCUGUUUCCAGGAAUCGAUUGAGCUGUUCGCAUCAAUCCCCCACAAGGAUGUGUUCUCGUGGAAUGCGAUCCUCGCGGCGAUCAUCAGGGCUCGCCCAAUCGCGGAAGCGCGAGAGUUCUUCGCGGCGAUGGAGGAGCGAGAUCUCGUGUCGUGGAACCAGAUGGUGUCGGCAUUCGCGGAGCUGGGCUUCUCGGACGAUGCCAGGAGCUCGUUUGAUUCCAUGCCACUGCACGAUCUGGCGUCCUGGAACUCGAUGCUCGCAGUCGCCGACGGAUCAACAGCGCGAGCGCUCUUCCAAUCGAUGCCCGAGUGGAAUCUCUUGUCCUGGAACGGGCUUCUCAGCAACACCACCAUGGAAUCGCUCCCCUCGAUCAAAGAGAUCUUUGCUCAAAUGCCCCGGAGGGAUUCCUUCUCCUGGAACGCGAUGCUCGCAGCACUUGCCCGCUCUGGGGAACUCCGCGAAGCCGAAGAGAUCUUCGCAAGAAUGCCACAGCGCAGCCUCACAUCCUUCAACAUCAUGCUGUCAAUUCAAUCGAUCGAUCGCGCGAAAAAAACCUUCGAUUCCAUGCCCGAGCGCGAUGUGAUCUCUUGGACUUCGAUGCUCGACGCAUAUGCCCGGGCUGGGGAUCAUGCCGGCGCCAAGCGGCUAUUCGAUUCCAUCCCCUACCACAACCUGGUGACGUGGAACUCCAUGCUCGCCACGUACGCCCACCAUCGCCAUGUCACCGAGGCCGAGGCCACGUUUCGUGCCAUGCUGUCGGGCUUGCAGCACGACGUCGUGACGUGGAACACGAUGCUCUCGCUGUACGUGCAGCUGGGCGACGUGCGCCGGGCCGCGCGGCACUUUGACGGCAUGCCGCGGCGGAACCUCGUUACGUGGAAUGCUCUGAUGGCAGCUUACGUGGACGCUGGUGACAUGGACCGGGCAAAGCGAUUGUUUGGUGCUAUGCCCGAGAAGGAUAUUGUGUCGUGGUCUCUCUUGCUAUUUCUUGCCGCCACAAUGGAAUCCAUCGAAACCAUGGAAGGGAUAUUCGAUCAAAUGCCUGAAAGAAACCUUGUGUCGUGGAACACGAUGCUAUCUGGCUAUGGCGGGAGUGGGCAUCUAGAAAUGGCGAGACACAUCUUUUUAAUAAUGCCUUCUAGAGACGUUAUUUCUUGGACAGCGUUGUUAACGUCUUACGUGCAUGGCCACCUUUUAAUGGAAGCGAAGAUAGUGUUUGAUACCAUGCCCAUGCACAACGUUGUGACGAGGAAUGCGUUGCUAUCAGCAUAUGCCCAGAACGGGCAUUUGCUGCAAUCGCGAAAGUUCUUCGAUCAAAUGCCCGAGGUUGACGAUCCCGUCUCGUGGAGCGCGAUGCUGGCUGGGUACUCCUCCAGCGCUGAUUUCUCACAGGCGGCAGUGGAGCUCUUCUGGCGGAUGAAUCUGGCGGCUGUUCUUCCUGAUCAGGCGUGCUUCCUCUCUAUCCUGAUCGCUUGCAGCCACGCCGGGAGUGUCAAAUCCGCCAGGAGUUUCUUCGGAUCCAUGGAUGUGGACUUCCAGAUCGAUCGCACCAAGCAGCACUACUGCUGCGUGAUCGACUUGCUCAGCCGGGGCGGCUAUCUGGACGACGCGCGAGAGCUCGUCGCGACCAUGCCCUUCGAUGCCAGUGCCUAUGAGUGGAGCUGUUUGCUUGGGGCUUGCCGCAAUGGCGGCCACAAUCUUGGCCACGCUCGCGACGCCGCCAAAUCGGUUCUAGGCAUAGGCGUGGAUUCUUCCUCCCAAUCUUCUUCUUCUUUGUGUUCUUCCCAAGAAUCUUACGCCUAUGUUCUUCUUAGUAAUGCUUUCGCCGAGAGUUUAAACUAGCCGCCAUUGGGCUAGGGUUUUCAAGAGAGCAAUGCCGAUCCGCGAGGCGCCGGUGGAUUAUCUGCCGCUCGCCGCCAUGGAUCGCCAUUUCCGAGCUCCAAGGAUGGAAUGCAGGUCGCGUACGUCCCAUCGUCUUGCGAUCCCGCCCAGGGAAAAUCCAGCACUUCAACGGUGUAUUCCACGCUUUCGAAGGGAUUGGAAGGCUGAAUUCUAGCGGUCGAAAGGCUGGAAACUGGAUCGAAGGGUAAGUUGGAAAUUUUCUUUCUUUCAUGUGCAAACAAAGCAUGAAUGGCAUUUCCUCGAACAGGCAACAGGAUCGUCUUAUAUGAGCACUACAAACUUACUUCUUUUGGGACUUGCUUCUAUGUCGAUUCUAGAGUUCUCCAGUUCACAAUCGCUAUGCGAGUUGAUGGAUUUUCUUGCACCAUAGCUUCCGUAUGAUCAACCUCUGAUAAGAGUCUUGGCCAUCGGAGGUAAGUAAUUUAUCAUUUUUCUAUCUGCCAGACAAUCCUCCAGAUAAGAUAAUGCAUUUCGCAAAACCGGAUUCUAGGCUCAAGAACUCUGAAGAGAAUGCUUCCAAAAGUGAGACUCGCCUCGUCCUGUGAAAAGUAAAGCCUGGCGAAAGAUUGAGCAAAAUGAUAACAUUCAAAGAGUCAGGCAAUUCUGUGCUUCUACGCGUCACUUGUCGAUUCUAGAGUUGUAAAUGAGCUAAAAAAUUUCAGGUGCUCGCGAUUCAUCAUUUCUAUAGACACUGAAGUACGCAGUCGAGCGCAAAAGCUCUGAAGAGAAUGCUUCCAAAAGUGAGACGCGCCGUGAAAAGUGAAGCUUGCCGAGAGUCCCUGGGGGAAAGGCUUGAGUGUGACAACAUUCAACGAGUCUGGCAAUCUUGUGUGAUACCUGCUUGUAGGAUGGCAAUCAUCUCUGGACUGGUGAUGCAUCUUGGGGUCUUAUAUUGAGUGGGAUUUAUUC